GGCUCAAGGCAGCACGUUAGCUCUAUUAUUUAGAAAUCUGUAUAAAAAUAUCUUUAUUCAAAAUGUCUUCUAUUUUUUGGUCGUCUAGGCCCAUCCUAUGUAAGAGAACUUUCUGUGAUGAUGGGAGUGUUCUGUUCUCUGCUACACAGUGUUACAGCCGUGAGUGACACGUAGGUGUUGAGUACUUGAAAUGUGCAUAGUGCAACUGAGAAACUCAAGUUUACCUAAGUGUAAUUCAUACAAGUUUAAAUACCACAUCCGGGUAGCGGCUACUCUACUGGACGGUGCAGCUCCAGUUUUUAAUAACGUCGUCUUCAUCUUCAUCAACUAAUUCUUGAUAUUUUUCAUCUUUUUGUGAAAUGAGGAUCCCAACCUCCAGCGUAUCAGAAGACCAGGAAUCUUCAGAAGAACAAGUUUCAGGAGCUGUUUACUCAGAAAUGCAUCAGAUGAUUUCCUCUAUUUAUGCUGAACUCCAUUUUAUGUUCAAACAAGAUUAUAAAUAUGAUCAGUUUCUGGGGCCUGAAGGAAAUGUGGAUGUUGAGUUGAUCAAUAAGAGUGCAAACAAAUACAGCCUUCGGUUCCCCACUGCUGGCUGGUAUCUGUGGUCAGCCACCGGCCUCGGCUUCAUGGUAAGGGAUGCGGUCACGGUGACGAUUGCGUUUGGUUCCUGGAGUCAGCACCUGGCCCUGGACCUGCAGCACCAUGAACAGUGGCUGGCGGCCGGCCCCUUGUUUGCCGUCACUGCAGAGCCAGAGGAGGCUGUGGCCGAAAUCCACCUCCCCCACUUCAUCUCCCUCCAAGGUGAGGUGGAUGUCUCCUGGUUCCUCGUGGCCCAUUUUAAGGAUGAAGGGAUGGUCCUGGAGCGUCCAUGCCGGGUGGAGCCUUUCUAUGCUGUCCUGGAAAACCCUAGCUUCUCCCUGAUGGGCAUCCUGCUGCGGAUCGCCAGGGGGACUCGCCUCUCCAUCCCCAUCACCUCCAACACGUUGCUCUAUUUUCACCCCCACCCCGAAGACAUUAAGUUCCACUUGUACCUUGUCCCCAGCGAUGCCUUGCUGAUGAAGAUGAUAGAUGAUGAGGAAGAGCGCUUCUGUGGUGUGCGUCUACAGACUUCACCCUCAAUGCAACCUCUGACCUUUGGUGCCCAUUAUAUUGUGUCUAAUUCUGCUCAUCUGGAAAUAAUACCCACGGAGUUGAAAUUGUCCUACAGGAGCCCUGGAGAAAUCCAGCCCUUCUCAAAAUUCUAUGCUGGGCAGAUGAAGGAACCCAUUCAACUUGAAAUUACUGACAAAAGACAUGGGACUUUGGUCUGGAAGACUGUGGUGAAGCCAGUGGAUAUCCAGCUUGGAGCUGCAUCAGCCCCUCGUACCUUCUCAGGUUAG